GUGCUGCGGAAGAAGCAGCUCGGCCGGAAGUACACCGGCAGCGGGAGCGGAAGUGAAAGCAAUCCCAGUGGCGCUCUGCAGGCGAACUCGUGCGGGCGCACCGGCGGGGCCUUCAAGUGCGAAGUCUGCGAGAAGAGUUUUGCAUGGGCGAGUAAACUAAAGACGCACAAAAUGUACCACACUGGUGAAAAGCCAUUUAGCUGUGACCUCUGUCCGAAGCGUUUUACUCAGAAAUGCAAUCUUGUCAAGCACAUUAGGACACACACUGGUGAAAAACCAUUCAAAUGUGACGUAUGUAGUAUGCGUUUUACUGAGAAAGGCGAUCUUGUCAGGCACGUGAGGACACACACCGGUGAAAAGCCAUACAAGUGUGAAGUGUGUAAAAUGCGCUUUACGAAGAAAGACCAUCUUGUAAGACACAUUAGGACACACACUGGUGAAAGGCCACACACGUGUGAUGUGUGUAGCAAGGCUUUUAGUCAACCAUCAAAUCUCAACAGACACAAAGCAAUUUGUAUUUCAAUUGGUGCUCUUGUUGCAGGCGGCGGGCGCAGCUCCUCCUGCGGGGCGUCCCACGGUGAGGGUCCUGGAGAAGUCACCAUCGACAGGGGCCCCGAGCUGGACCUCAAACAAGACGACGAGCAGCUGGGGCUGGUGGUAGCGGCGUGCUUCUCACUGCAGGACGAGCAGUGCCCAGUAGAGAACGACGGGAUGGGAGGCCGUGGGGACGGUGCGGUACAGCCCGGGGAAGGUCCUGGGGACAGCAGCCAUGUACAGCCCAAGGACGGCGAGGUGCAGCCCGAGCAGCGCGACGAAGAAGUGGCGCCUCCUCCCGGCGACGCAACCAGGCAGGGCGGCUCUAAUGUCCGAUGUGGAACCCGCGACGCUCAGCCGGUGCAGAACAAACAGCAGGACGACCAGAAGGCCUCGCGGGUGCUGCGGAAGAAGCAGCUCGGCCGGAAGUACACCGGCAGCGGGAGCGGAAGAAAAGGCAAUCCCAGUAGCGCUCUGCAGGCCAACUCGCCCGGGGGCGCCGGCGGGGCCUUCAAAUGCGAAGUCUGCGAGAAGAGUUUUGCAUGGGCGAGUAAACUAAAGAGGCACAAGAUGUACCACUCUGGCGAAAAACCAUUUAGCUGUGAUCUCUGUCUAAUGCGUUUCACUCAGAAAGGCAAUCUUGUCGUUCACGUGAGGACACACACUGGUGAAAAGCCAUACAAGUGUGACGUGUGCGAAAUGCGUUUCACUGUGAAAGGCCCUCUUGUCGUUCACAUGAGGACACACACCGGUGAAAAGCCUUUCAGGUGUGACGUAUGUAAAAUGUGUUUUGCUCACAAAAACACUCUUGUCGAUCACGUGAGGACACACACAGGUGAAAAGCCUUUUAAGUGUGACGUAUGUACAAUGUGUUUUACUCAAAAAUGCAGCCUUGUCAAGCACACGAGGACACACACUGGAUAAGCCAUACACGUGUGAUUUGUCUAGUAAGGCUUUUGGUCAAAUAUCAAAUCUCAAGAGAGAAGAAACAAUUUU